GUACAAUGUAAAUGGCGGCGGCGACAACAACAAUAACGAUCAAAGUAUCGACAAUGAUUAUGGCGGCCGCGACGACGACGACGACGACGAGAGGGAUCAUCGAAGCCUUUUUUUAUCUCCAUUAUGUAUUGACGAGUUACGGGAUCUGGCAAGGAAUUUGGAAAAUAUAUAUAUACUGGAAACGCCAAGCAUCGUGAUACUCGACCUUCUUGUUGCGAUUGCCGAUAUACCGACACUCAAAAGGCUUGUUAUAUAAUAUAUAUAUAAUCUUUGAGAUGCCUUUACCACGCGAUGUUGCUGUCAAUGAUGAAGAAGAAAAGUUCCUCCGGUUAAUUGACGGUUUAAAGCAGAGUGGGGGAGGAGGAAUCCAAGAGUUGAGACUCCAUGGCACCUGUCAUAUUUCAUGUGCUGCACUGUAUGCUUUGGGUGACUUGAAAAAUUUGACAAACUUCGGUCUGGGUGUCAAUAUCCCCGAAGCAGCAGUAUCAGAAGCAGCUCUCCUGGAAAAUCAACCAUUGCAACCUUUCUUUGAGGACCCUGGUUUGCAAGGACUUUUGGCACUACUAUCCAAAAAAAGCAUCGGCAGGAACAAAUUGAACGAGAUCAGCUUCUUGAAUUAUGAUGAUAAUAGCCAAUCAUUGCCCGUAAGUGGCCGUAUCCGAUCACUCGUCCGGGAGCACGGUCUUCCCUGGAUAGUUGAUUGCAUUAGUGGGCGCCAGAGCGGUGACGGUUGGUCAGAGGAAGAGUUCAACAUUAGGCGUGUACACCAUCGAUUAUCAUAAAAAAGCUUAAAGGUUGUUCUCCCCCCCCCACCUAUUCAUUUUUUUAAUAGUCUCCCUCGAACCUUGUACUUAUUGUUGCGAUCGGAAAGUAAUGAAAGUCUGUGCCAUUGACGGAAAGAGCCUCUU